UCCCUCACGAUCCCGAGUCCUCAGCACCACUACAUUAUCUUCUGUCACCCCUAGCAACACGCGUGGUACAGCCCAGUGGAGCCCGCUCCGGGCACAGGUUAUAAAGGCUCGGCUGCGGCAGCCCACUGCGGGAGUCAAGAUGCGCCCGAAGGAACAGGUGCAAAGCAGUGCGGGGGACGGGACAGGGUCGGGGGACCCAGCAGCAGGCACCCCCGCGACCGAGCCUGCAGCUAGUCCGGCCCCGGAGUCCUCGGCGGAGCCCAAACCUGCUCCGGCGCAGGGAACCGGGUCCGGACAGCGAGCUCCAGGAUCCCGAGUCAAGACAGGAAGCUUUUGUCGGUCCAUGAUCGUCGGCAAUUCGGACGCGCCAUGGACCCGCUACGUAUUUCAGGGACCUUAUGGUCCCCGGGCCACUGGCCUGGGAUCUGGAAAGGCCGAGGGGAUCUGGAAGACGCCAGCCGCCUACAUCGGCAGGAGGCCCGGCGUGUCCGGCCCUGAGCGCGCGGCGUUUAUUCGAGAGCUGCAGGAAGCACUGUGUCCUAACCCGCCUCCCACGAAGAAGAUCACCGAAGAUGAUAUCAAGGUGAUGCUGUAUUUGCUGGAAGAGAAAGAACGGGACCUGAACACAGCUGCUCGCAUCGGCCAGUCCCUGGUAAAACAGAACAGUGCUUUGAUGGAGGAGAAUAACAAGCUGGAAACAAUGCUGGGCUCAGCCAGGGAGGAGAUCUUACAUCUCCGGAAGCAAGUGAACCUGCGAGAUGACCUCCUUCAGCUCUACUCGGACUCUGAUGAUGAUGAGGAGGAUGAAGAGGAGGAAGAAGAGGAAGAGGCUGAAGGGGAGGAACAGGAAGCACAGAGGGAUCAAGAUCAGCAGCAUGAUCAUCCUUACGGUGCCCCCAAGCCGCCCCCUAAGGUGGAGACACAGCACCGCUGCCCACAGCUGGAAGCUCUGCAGCAGAAGCUCAAGCUCCUGGAGGAAGAGAAUGACCACCUGCGAGAGGAGGCCUCUCACCUUGACAACCUGGAAGAUGAGGAGCAGAUGCUCAUUCUGGAAUGCGUGGAGCAGUUCUCUGAAGCCAGCCAGCAGAUGGCAGAGCUCUCGGAGGUGCUGGUGCUGAGGCUGGAGGGUUAUGAGCGGCAGCAGAAGGAGAUCACCCAGCUGCAGGCCGAGAUCGCCAAGCUACAACAGCGUUGUCAGUCUUAUGGAGCCCAGACAGAGAAACUGCAGCAGCAGCUGGCUUCGGAGAAGGGAGUCCACUCAGAGCAGAGCUUUCGAGCAGGCUCCCACACGCAGGAUUAUGGGAGCAGGCUUCGUGAGCGCCAUGAGGAUGGAAAGAACCAUCGCCAUCGCUCCUCUAUGCCUACUGGUUCUGUCACCCACUACGGAUACAGCGUGCCUCUGGAUGCACUUCCGAGUUUCCCAGAGACGCUAGCUGAGGAGCUCCGAACAUCCCUAAGGAAGAUCAUCACUGACCCUGCGUAUUUCAUGGAGAGGUGUGACAUCCACUGCAAGGAGGAGCAGCGAGAGCAGGGGCAGGGGGCGGUGCCACCACCCCCUCAGCCACAAGAUCUCAAGCCACCCGAAGAUUUUGAAACUCCAGAGGAGCUGGUGCCGGAGGAGGAGCUGGGGGCCAUAGAAGAGGUGGGAACCGCUGAGGAAGGGCUGGCAGAAGAGGCAGAGCAGGCGUCUGAGGAGACCGAGGCCUGGGAGGAGGUAGAACCGGAGCUGGAUGAAACCACAAGGAUGAAUGUGGUGGCCUCUGCCCUGGAGGCCAGUGGCCUGGGCCCUUCCCACCUGGACAUGAAGUAUGUCCUCCAGCAGCUGUCCAGCUGGCAGGAUGCCCAUUCUAAGCGGCAGCAGAAGCAGAAGGCAGUCCCGAAAGGUGAGUGCUCCCGCAGAGGACACCCUCCUGCCAGUGGGACCAGCUUCCGGCCAUCAACCUUGUGAGAGGUGAGGGUACAUGAGCCCCCCAAAUGCUCAUUUACCUCAUCUUGGUCCCGCUCAGUGUGCUGAUUUGCAUGGACUUUGCAUACUAUUUACACAGGCACCUCCAGUCCCCCUUGGCUAGAACCGUACCUCAGUGCUCAUCUAGACGG